GAUAUAUUUGGAAAGGUCUUCACUGAGAAAUUUCUAAUUCCAUCAUAAGCCAUUACUGGGGCAAUUUCAAGUCUUUAUAUAACAAAUGAGAAGAAAGUCAUACUUCCAUCAAGCAGCCAAUAUAUGCCUCGUUCUGCAGGUAAUCUAAGAUAGACGUAACAGAAGCAAUAUUAAGAAUUAGCAGAUAUGCUAAGUGUAGUGGAAGGCAUCCUCAUUUUUGUUGUAAUUAGUGAGUCAGUAUUUGCGGUUUUAGGGAAUGGAUUUAUUGGACUUGUAAACUGCAUUGACUGUGCCAAGAAUAAGUUAUCUACAAUUGGCUUUAUUCUCACCGGCUUAGCUAUUUCUAGAAUUUUUCUGAUAUGGCUAAUAAUUACAGAUGGAUUCAUACGGAUAUUCUCUCCAGAUAUAUAUGUUUCUGGUAACCUAAUUGAAUAUAUUAGUUACUUUUGGGUAAUUUGUAAUCAAUCAAGUAUGUGGUUUGCCACCAGCCUCAGCAUCUUCUAUUUCCUGAAGAUAGCAAAUUUUUCCAACUACGUAUUUCUCUGGUUGAAGAGUAGAACAAAUAGGAUUCUUCCCCUUCUGAUGGGAUUCUUACUUAUUUCAUGCUUACUUAAUUUUGCAUAUAUUGCGAAGAUUCUUAAUGAUCUUAAAAUGAAGAAUGACACAGUCUGGCGUCUCAACAUAUUUAAAAAUGAAUACUUUAUUAAACAGAUUUUGCUAAAUCUGGGAGUCAUUUUCUUCUUUACACUAUCCCUAAUUACAAGUGUUUUGUUGAUCAUUUCCCUUUGGAGACACAACAGGCAGAUGCAAUCAAAUGUGACAGGACUGAGAGACUCCAACACUGAAGCUCAUGUGAAAGCAAUGAAAGUUUUAAUAUCUUUCAUCAUCCUCUUUAUCUUGUAUUUUAUAGGCAUAGCCAUAGAAGUAUCAUAUUUUACUGUGCCAGAAAACAAACUGUUGCUUAUGUUUGGAAUGACAACCACAGCCAUCUAUCCCUGGGGUCACUCAUUUAUCUUAAUUCUAGGAAACAGCAAGCUAAAGAAAGCCUCUUUGAGGGUACUACAGCAAUUGAAGUGCUGUGAGAAAAGGAAAAAUCUCAGAGCCACAUAGACACCUUGGGGAGAUAUGGAUGUUCCAUGAAAAGAAUCCAAUGAAUAAAUCCUUGAAGAUCUGUUUCACUGCACUGCAUUCUUGCUUUGUUUUAUUAACUGUGUCAUUAAAGAUCACUGAAAUCUUCCAUAAUUGUUUUGACUACGUUUCAGGGAAUCUCGUCUUUGAGGAGAUUUUAAUCUCACAUGCAAACUCAAUGGCUUAGUCAGCUUCCCCACCCUGCAACUUCUUCCUACAAACUUCCUAGAGGAAAACCAUCAGCCUGGAGACUAUUCACUGUAAAGAUUAUAACGGUGAGAAUAAGCUCUAAAAUAAGACUUCUUAUUGUGCUUUACCUGACUUUUCUGAAGCAAGGACACCUAUUCUCCAAGAAAACCCAAAGAAAAAAAAAAAAAAAGAAAGAAAGAAAAUUAGAUCAAUCUUGACAUUUAGAACAUGGAAGUGAGGAUAGAUGGUGGUGCUUCUUUUCAGCAUGCUAUUUUAAUUAUCUAAAGGGUUAUUUUUUUCAUUUUUUAAAAUCUAACAUCCUCUUUUACUGGUGUAUGUUUGAUGUGUAGCAAGUAGUCAGAGUAAUAGACGUAGUUCUGUGAAAUAUAGCUAGGGAAACAAGAGUCUAGUUGAGGGAUAUGGGAUCAAAACACUGAUGAAAUAAAUAUACUCUUCAUAAUCAGUGAUUUGAGAUAAGGCAGAUUAUGAACCAAUUAAAGUUGAGUGAAGAUUUUUCUAGAAGCAUAGAUCCAAAGGCUGUAAGAUUCAACGCAGUCCCUGACCAAAGGACACAAGAUGAACACAGGGUAGAAUCUGUGUGAAAUAUGAAAUGUUCUGUCUUAGAGCUUCAUACACACACACACACGCGCACACACACACACACGUUCAUCUACACAAACUUGCAGUCACAGACAUGUUUCAAAUUUUGGGUUUUAAAGUGAAAUUUUAUGUCCAACUCAGGUUAUAAACUCAAUGACUUAUUUUGGCAACUUCCAAAAGUGCCUUGAUCUCAUACUUAUGGCCUAAUAAGUGAAAUAUUUCCAAAUACAAGGACUUAAUUCAUUUUCUAUGUCAGGUUUCCAAAUCAAUAUUUUUAUAUUUUUAAACUAUUGUGUUUAGAAUGUACAGAUAAAGAGAUAACAGGAAAAAGAAAACCUAAUGCUGCUGCCUAUUUCAACCAAAUAUAUUGGCUCAUUGGAAAUUAUACUGUAAAAAUAACUAUGUUCUCCAUAUAGAUUAUGUUGAUAAUGUGGAAUUUAUUCAUUUUCCCAUGUUUUCAAAAAUUACUUAUACUAAUCAUUUUAAGGGGUACAUAACU